AGAGCUGGGUUUGGGACAGGGGACUGUGGGCUUCCUGGCCUGUGCCCCAGAGAAGCACACCUUCCUCCGAAGAGCGACAAGCUGAGGCCUGGAGGGAGGCGGGUCCUCAGCACCGCCUCCAGAGCCCUAGUGCACUGCGACGCCCAACGCGGGCGAAUGAGGGCCCGGUCUGUCACGUGGGCGUGACAGCUGCAGAGGGGUGGUCCGGGGCAAUGUGGUCGAGAGGCAGCCUGGGCUUGGAGCCUCAGCGCUGAGGACCCCAGCCCCGCCUGCCGGACCCCGGACCCCACCCCAGGCUGCCCAGCCAGCCACACCAUGUUCUCCAGGAAAAAACGCGAGCUCAUGAAAACCCCUUCCAUCUCCAAAAAGAACCGCGCGGGAAGCCCCAGCCCGCAGCCGUCGUCGGGGGAGCUUCCCAAGAAAGAUGGGGCCGAUAUUGUGUUCCCUGGACCUGGUCUCGAUCCUGCAGUCUCAUCCUCUGGUGUCAAGACCACAGCCACCCUAAAGCGGCCCACCAGCCUCAGCCGCCACGCCAGCGCUGCUGGCUUCCCACUCUCUGGCUCAGGCUCCUGGACACUAGGCCGCGGCUACCGAAGCCCCCUGACAGCCGCCAGCCCUGCAGAGCUGCCCAAUGAGGGGCCUGGUGCUGAGGCCUCGGAUGACAUCUCAAACGUGCUGGCUGAUGUGGCCCGCUUUGCAGAGGGUCUGGAAAAACUCAAGGAGUGUGUAUUGCAUGAUGCAGACCUCCAAGAGGCCCGCCGGCCGCUGGCCCAUGAGUGCCUGGGUGAGGCCCUACGUGUGCUCCACCAGGUCAUCUCCAAGUAUCCGCUGCUGAACACCGUGGAGACGCUGACUGCUGCAGGAACACUUAUCGCCAAGGUUAAAGCUUUUCAUUAUGAAAGUAACAAUGAGUCCGACAAGAGGGAGUUUGAGAAAGCCCUGGAAACCAUCGCGGUGUCCUUCAGCAGCACUGUGUCUGAGUUCCUCAUGGGUGAGGUAGACAGCAGUACACUCCUGGCGGUGCCACCUGGGGACCCCAGCCAGACCAUGGAGAACCUGUACCAGGGCAGCGAGGGUUCCUCAACCAGUGCAGAGGACUGCGAGGGCUGCCUGCCCCCGGAGGAGGUGGACAUGCUGCUGCAGCGCUGCGAAGGCGGCGUGGAUGUGGCUCUGCAGUAUGCCAAGAACAUGGCCAAAUACAUGAAGGAUCUUCUUGGCUAUCUGGAGAAGCGGACUGUGUUGGAGCUGGAGUUCGCCAAGGGUCUGCUGAAACUCAUCCACAGUUCCAGACAGAGUGUCGUACACGAGCCCCACAUGCCUCUACUGUCCAUCUUCUCGCUGGCCCUGGAGCAGGACCUAGAAUUUGGCCAUGGCAUGGUACAGGCGAUGGGAACACUGCAGACGCAGACCUUCAUGCAGCCCCUCACUCUGCGGCGGCUGGAGCACGAGAGGCGAAGGAAGGAGAUCAAAGAGUCAUGGCAACGCGCACAGCGGAAGCUGCAAGAAGCCGAGGCCAACCUGCGCAAGGCCAAGCAGGGCUACAUGCAGCGCUGCGAGGACCAUGACAAGGCCCGCCACCAAGUGCUCAAGGCCGAGGAAGAACAGGCAGCCACUUCGCCGGGGGUGAGCAGCGCAGCUUCUAAGACACUGGACAAGCGGCGGCGGCUGGAGGAAGAAGCCAAGAACAAGGCGGAGGAAGCCAUGGCCACUUACCGCACAUGCGUGGCCGAUGCCAAGACACAGAAACAGGAACUGGAGGACACGAAGGUGACCGCGCUGCGGCAAAUUCAGGAGGUCAUCCGCCAGAGCGACCAGACCAUCAAGUCGGCCACCAUCUCCUACUACCAGAUGAUGCACAUGCAGACGGCGCCGCUGCCCGUGCACUUCCAAAUGCUGUGCGAGAGCAGCAAGCUCUAUGACCCCGGCCAGCAGUAUGCGUCACAUGUGCGGCAGCUUCAGCGUGGCGAGGAGCCCGACGUGCGCUAUGACUUUGAGCCGCAUGUGUCCACCAACUCCUGGUCCCCAGUCAUCCGUGCCCGGAAGAGCAGCUUCAACGUUGGUGACACUUUAGGAACAGAGGCCACCAGCUGCAGCCCCUCAGAGGAAGGAGGGCCCAGUGAGGGGACAUCUGCCAAGGACCACAGGGGUGGACGGGGACACCAGGUGCACAAGUCAUGGCCAAUCUCUGUCUCAGAUGCGGAUGGCAGCCUGGACCCCAGUGCAGGUUCAGGGGACUUUAAGAAGUUCCAGCGGAUGUCGUCCAGUGGCACUGUGUCAUCCGUUGAGGAGCUGGUGGACCAAGAAGGUGGAGCAGGGACGGCAGAGUUUGAACAGGGUGAGGAUGACAUCAACAGCAUGGCCCCCCAGCUGCCAGUGGCUGUGCCCAGUGGGCCUUUCCGCCAUGUCGGGCUGUCCAAGGCUGCGCGCACACAUCGGCUCCGGAAGCUCCGCACACCAGCCAAGUGCCGGGAGUGUAACAGUUACGUCUACUUCCAGGGGGCUGAGUGUGAGGAGUGCUGUCUGGCAUGCCACAAGAAAUGCCUGGAGACCCUGGCCAUCCAGUGUGGCCACAAGAAGCUACAGGGCCGCCUUCAGCUCUUUGGACAAGACUUUGGGCGCGCGGCCGCGUGCACCCCAGAUGGCAUCCCGAUCAUCGUGAAGAAGUGCCUACGCGAAAUCGAGGAGCGCGCACUGCGCACCAAGGGCAUCUACCGAGUGAACGGGGUAAAGACACGCGUGGAGAAACUGUGUCAGGCGUUUGAGGCAGGCAUGGAGCUGGUAGAGCUGUCACAGGCCUCGCCCCACGAUAUUAGCAAUGUCCUCAAACUCUACCUGCGCCAGCUGCCGGAGCCACUCAUCUCCUUCCGCCUCUACCACGAACUGGUGGGACUGGCCAAGGACAGCCUGAAGGCCGAGGCCGAGGCCAAGGCGGCAUCCCGGGGAGCCCGGCAGGAUGGGUCCCAGAGUGAGGCUGCAGCCCUAGCUAUGGCUGGCCGCCUGCGGGAGCUGCUCCGGGACCUGCCGCAGGAGAACCGGGCCACACUGCAGUAUCUGCUGCGGCACCUGCGCAGGAUCGUGGAGGUAGAACAGGACAACAAGAUGACCCCAGGGAACCUAGGCAUUGUGUUUGGGCCCACACUGCUGCGGCCGCGACCCACCGAAGCCACCAUCUCCCUGUCCUCACUGGUAGACUACCCCCAUCAGGCCCGGGUCAUCGAGACCCUCAUCAUCCACUACAGUGUGGUCUUUGAGGAUGAAUCAGAGGAAGGACUCAAGUCACAGGAAGAGUCAAGCAGCCAGCGCACAGAGGUGGUGGUGCCAGUUCCCUAUCUGGAGGCAAGGGAGGGAGCCACCUAUGUCCUGCAGGAGGAGGAUGGGGGCCGAGAAUACCGAGUGACUUCCAAUGAUUCUGACUCCGAGCUGGAGGAGACCUCAGACUCCCUGUCCCUGUCAGACGCUAGUGCCCUGCACCGCCUCAGCUUCAUGGAGAAGCAGGAGGGGGAGGCCAGCCUCGAGGAAGGUCCCCAAAGCCGCAGUGGCAGUGAGGAGCAGCUGGGGGAUGAAGAUGAGGAGGGCCCAGCCCAGAAGCUGUCCACAUACAACACGAACCAGUCCAACAACACAGCGCCAGCCUGGCUGCUGCCCAUGAGACUCCGAGCUGGGUGCGUCGCAGAGGGCAGCUGUGGGGACAGGCGGCCGGAGUUCGUGUGAGCUGGGUGGCAGCAUCACACCGCUGUUCUUCGGUCACUCCGGAGGGUCUGGGCUGCUCCGGGUCACUUCCGUGAUGCAUGCAGAGCUGCAAGGCCACCAGCCACCUCUCCUGGGACAGCAGGCCCUGGGGUCCACCCUGUGUCUGCGAGUUGGGCAGGCCAGGCUCAGCCUAGCUGGGGGUCUCUGCCUUCAGGGACAUCACUGUCUGCCUUGUCAGAGCCCCCAAGUCACGAGGACUGAGCAGCUUGGUCCCUGGCAAGUGCCUGUCCCGUGGUCCCAGCGGGGAUGCAGGCCCUUCCUGGACCUUGCGCUACCGCCAUCUGAGUCUGUGUGGGCUGCAGGGAGGCUGCUGCUGGCCUGGGCUGUCCACUGGAGCUCUGGCUUCAGGAAGCUGUCACCUUUCUGGACAGCUGGACUUGGACAGCUGCGCUUCGGUACACAGCGCAGUCCCUCACAAGUCACAGUGUUCUUGCAAAUUCAAGCUUCUGUCUGUUUUGCUUAUAAUAAACCUUUUCAUCUAGUGGGGUUGGUUUGCUU